AUGAGAGGAGAUAUCCUAGUUUUCUCAUUUUUGUGUUUCUCACCAUCAAUUUUCUUGGCUUAUGCAGCCACGAAAACCCAUGAUUCGAAUCUCCCUUCUCGACCCGCAAAAGGACCCGAACCAUCCUCGAACGAAACGACAUAUGUGUACGUGGUUUAUACCGACCCAACAGUGCCCACAUCGGAUUUUUACAAACUCUUGAUCCCUGUACUUGGAAGUGAGAAGGCAGCCAAGGAUGCCAUCGGAUACACGUUCGAAGACUUUUCGGGUAUUUUUUCUGCAAAACUAACUCGCGAUCAAGCCUCAAUUCUCAAAAAGGAACCUGAGAUUAUAGAAGUAAAUAGAGAGUGGACGUAUCAUUUGGAUGGUCAAUUGGCUCAUGGAAGUCCUUGA